AACUUCCGCCGCGGCGCCGCCACGCAAUAUCACCUCUCGCGGUAUCUUCCUCUUCGGCCUUCUCCUCACUCUCGCCGUCGCCAUCACAAUGGGCCGCAACCGCCCCUCCACCCUCGUCUCACCCAACACCUCUCCACCCUCAACUUUCACCGACGGUCUCCCGCUUCCAAAGUUCAUGUGUUUCGACUUGGAUUAUACUCUUUGGCCCUUCUGGGUCGACACGCAUGUCACAGGCCCUUUCAAACCCCACGCCUCCGGCCAACACGCCACAGACCGCUACGGCGAGACCUGCGCCUUCUACGCCGAUGUGCCCUCGAUACUGCAGCACAUCAAGCACCACGAUAUCACCCUCGGAGCAGCAUCGCGGACGUCAGCGCCAGAGUUGGCAAGGAGUCUGCUCUCUCUUCUACGGAUACCCGAUGGCGAAGACGGUGGGAAAUCGAAUCGCACAGCGAAGAGUGUUUUCGACUACAUGGAGAUAUACCCCGGUUCGAAGAUCACGCAUUUCAAAGCUUUGCAGAGGAAAAGCGGGAUCGCGUACGAGGAGAUGUUGUUCUUUGACGACGAGUCGAGGAAUAAGAAUGUGGAGGAAUUGGGGGUUGUGAUGAAGUUGGUGAGGGAUGGAGUGACGGUCAAGGAGAUUGAUGAGGGGGUGGAGUUGUGGAGGAAGAGAAAUAAUCGUUUGGCGAAAGACGGUGAAUGA